CACAGGUAAGAGGCAGACAGGUAACUCCCUCCGCCGCAGUGCACUACCGUCUCUCGCACCAGUCGCAACACCCUCCAGCGGAGAUUAACUCUCAGCUUCUGGUCCUGCCUCUUAUUUGGUUGUUACCCUGGGUGCUGGUGCAAUAUUACCUUAGCUGAGGAAAUUCUGACUGAGUGUAUUAUGACUUGGUGUCAAAUAAACAGGAGACCAUAGAACUGGCUUCAGUAUUCCAGCUACAAGUGGUGAACAAUUGACUUUGCUGUGCCGUCCCAGAUUGGUGAACAAUUGGCUUCAGUCUUCCAUCCCAGAGUGAUGAACAAUUGGCUUCAGUCUUCCAUCCCAGAGUGGUGAACAAUUGGCUUCAGUCUUCCAUCCCAGAGUGGUGAACAAUUGGCUUCAGUCUUCCAUCCCAGAGUGGUGAACAAUUGGCUUCAGUCUUCCAUCCCAGAGUGGUGAACAAUUGGCUUCAAUCUUCCAUCCCAGAGUGGUGAACAAUUGGCUUUGCUGUGCCAGCCCAGAGUAGUGAACAAUUAAGCCUUAUCUAUUUUUUUUUUUGUCCUACAAUAAGCUCUCCGUCGUUCUUCUUGAAGGUUGUCAGCGACGCAUCAAGAUGACAGGUCAAUAGAGGGCAGAGCAGGUCCCGGGUAGGAGACCAGAACAAAGCUAUACCACAGGUCACCGUAGAUCUCAGGUCUUCAGUACACAUACACAUUUAUUUCUCACAGACCUUCAAGAGUUUGUCCUGGACCUUCAAGAGUUACUACUGGGCCUUCAUGAGAGUCUCUUAGACCUUCAUGAGCUUCCAAGAGUGUCUCUUGGACCUUCUAAUUUAUUAAAGACUAAGUCUUUUCCAGAGACUCUUCGUCAGAAGAUGAGGACGAAGAGGAACUCGAAGUGGAUUUUUCACCUGCUGUGGACCUUCUCUCUUCACGCAGCGUCCUUGCAAGAGACGAAGGAGCCGCUCACCGCCGAGCAGGACGCCGCCGACGGUCACACCCGUCAACUCAUCGUCAACUCGCCGUGUCUUCCUUGCUUCAGGGAGCAAAACGUCGGCUGCAGGAGAGUCUUCGGCUGCAUAGUCAACAGCGACAAUUCUAUCUCCUCCAUCUUCUUCUCUUUAUCUUCCCUAGUUGGCAGCGAAGACUCGGGAAGGAAAUUCGAGGAUGCUCGCGCAGCGGUCCCUGCCGAGGUAUCGCCAUGCCUUCCUUGUCAUUACAGGGACUGGCACGACCGCUGUCGCAAGAUCAGAGGGUGUGUCUACCCUGUUUCAGCUGAGGCUGAGGUCGCGACAACUUUCCUUCUGGAGUCUGAAACCGUGUCUGUUCCUGAAGACGACGUCGGAGGGGAAGAGGCAGCCUCUGCUUUAGACACCGUCGAGGGUGUUCCAGUAGCAGAAUCAGGUGAGCAGCUUGAGCCCACUGAUCCAUCUGAACCUUUUGAGGAUCGAACAGGGGUUCUUGAGGAGUCUUCAGCAAGCGAGUCAGUUUUCAGCUCGAUGGACAGUACAACGAAAAGCCCCCCACUCGAUUUUCACUCUUCGAUGUGUCAUUGAUCAGGGCCUUAGCACCAAAGACAUCACUGGUAAAGAAUAUGUCUCCCUCCGAUGAUGUCAGUGAUCAAGCCAGUAUUGCCUAGUUAUCGGCUGACACCCCGACUACAACUUAAAAUCAUCCAGGGUCCUUGCAAGGCAUGGAACGGACAGGACUCACCCCAUAGCAAGUCAAUCCUGAGACUAGCAUUGAUAAUGACAUUGAGGAGACUUGAGCUAGACCAACUCGUUGACGUUUUACCGUGAGAUUGGACCAUAAAACCCUUCAUUUGUGGACACAGUGGACUCCAUGCUAACCUCUCUAACAUACAGAAAGAUACAUAGUAGGGUAGGUUUUAUCAAGCCGGCGUGAUCCAGUGAAUAGAGCAAAGGCCUGCUAGUUUUAAGACCGGUCCUAUAGGUUUCGUGUUGUUAUUGCAUUGUAAGGGUUACGACGGCUUAUGCUCUAUGAAUCUUGCUCCCAGAAACCUAUCUGGAGUCUACCUGGAGCGUGUUCCGGGGGGAGUCUACGCCCCCGUAGCCCAGUCCUCGACAAGGCCUCCCGGUAGAUCAGGGCCUGCUCAACAAGACUGUUACUGCUGGCCGCACGUAGUCCAACGUACAAACCAGAGCCUGGCUGAUCGGGUACUGACUUUAGGUAUGUGUCCAACUCCCUCUUGAAGGCAGCCAGACGCCUGGUAUGGGUUUCAAUCCCGCGCGAUCACCAAAUCAUUCUCAACUACAUUGUUCAAUUUUCAACAAUCAUCACUCACAAUACCAACAACCUGCAACAUAAACACUAUUAUUACCUCAAUAUAUGUUGUAUAACAAUAAACAUUAUAAUUUAAAACACUUCGGAAAACAUUUUCCAUAAAAACACUUUUGUUUUUAUUUAGCACCUGUAUCAUUAUUUUUAAGCUGACCUUUGUUUUGUAAAUGUACCUUUGUAAUUACUGCUCCUUUGUAAUUAUUAUCCUACGUGUGUGUACAUGUGACUCUGUAAUAAAGUAUUAUUAUUCACGUGUGUCAAUAAUUGUAAUGAUAUUAAUGUUUAUACUGUGUAGCAGGUGUUAAUAAUGUUUAUACUGUGUAGCAGGUGUUAAUAAUGUUUAUACUGUGUAGCAGGUGUUAAUAAUGUUUAUACUGUGUAGCAGGUGUUAAUAAUGUUUAUACUGUGUAGCAGGUGUUAAUAAU